UCUACAGUAGGGGCGCGGUUGGCCUGCUGACAUGUGACCAUGCAGGAAGUAGCAUCCCGACACACAACAACAAGAGCCACAGCGCUCACAAUACUACUGCCGAUCCGGGAGGUUGUAAAGCAUUACCAGUGUAUUCGAUGAUGGAGGACAACGAGGAACAUAACCCAGAUACCACUACAUCAAAUGAAAACUACGCAAAGCAAAGCUUCAGGCUCCAUAUGGUCACAUGGAACGUGGCCACGGCGGACCCCGUGGACGACCUGGCCUCGCUGCUCCAGCUUGGCUCCCCCAGGAGCCCAGAUCUCUACGUGAUCGGUCUCCAGGAGGUGUACUCUGGUCCUGUGCGGUUGGUGGCUGACCUGGCAUUUGAUGACGGGUGGAGCCGUCAGUUCAUGACCACGCUGGCUCCCCUGGGGUACCUCAAGGUAACCUCAUCCAGAAUGCAGGGUCUGCUCAUACUGGUCUUCUCCAAAACUGGACCAUGUCCCUUCAUCAGAGACAUCCAGUCCACAUUCACCCGCACUGGCAUCUUUGGCUACUGGGGUAACAAAGGGGGAGUGUCUGUACGGCUGUCCUUCUACGGCCACAGUCUGUGUUUCCUCAACUGUCACCUGGCGGCCCACAUGCAGAACGCCACAGAGCGCCUGGACGAGUUUGAGCACAUCCUGGACACGCAGACCUUCGAGUCCCCCCAGGCACCAUCCAUCCUGGACCACAGGCUGGUAUUCUGGUUUGGGGAUCUCAACUUCCGCAUCCAGGACCAUGGCAUGCACUUUGUGCGCUCCUGUAUUGAGGACCAAACCUACCAGCUGCUCUGGAGCAAGGAACAGUUGACCAUGAUGAAGAAGAAGGAGCCAAUCCUACAGGAGUUUGAGGAAGGCCCUUUGGACUUCCAGCCCACUUACAAGUUUGACCGUAACUCUCACGUCUACGAUAGCAGCGGCAAGAAGCGCAAGCCAGCCUGGACCGACAGGAUCUUGUGGAGGCUCCGGCCCCAAGGGGGCAAGGACCAGGACCUGGAGCUCCCUCUGAAGAUCAGACAGGAGUCGUACAACAGUGACAUGACGUACAGCAUCAGCGACCACAAGCCGGUGGUGGGCCUCUUCACCCUGGAGCUGAAGAAGCGGCAGCAGACCCCUCUGGUGCAGCUGUAUCCAGAGGGCGACUGGAGCGCCGACAUGGACGCCAUGGUGGUCUAUUCCACACUGCAGGACUUCCCCUCCAGCCACUGGGACUGGGUCGGACUCUUCAAGGUUGGGUUCUCGUGUGUCUCGGACUACAUCACCUACGCCUGGGUGAAGGACGACGAGGUGGCCUCCAGCGAGGAGCUGGUGCGGGUUUAUGUCAGCAAGUGGGAGAUCCCGGUGUUGGGAGGAGAGUGUGUGCUGUGCUACUUUAGCAGUGCUCUGCAUUGCAUCAUCGGAAUCAGUCAGCCGUUCAAGGUCCAAAUGUCCCAGGUGGCUGUGGGAAGAAGGCCUGGUGGCCGAGACCGGGCUGCCGAGGCCUUAGCACCACGACGGGCCCACGGAAGAUGGGAGCCACACACGCCACGCUGCAGUCUGAAAAAUACUUCUUGAGGGCGGUCUCAGACUGGUGUCAACUCAUCGCAGAACUAGAUUUAAAUGUACACCUUAAAUCUUUGUUGAUCUGCAUGGGAGGAGAAGGGUUCUGUGAGUCUGGUGUAUGUUCCCGUAGUUGCAUCUAUAGUGUAAGAUUGCAGGACAUUAUGAAUGGUUCACUGCACAUCUAGAGAGCCUUACUGAAACAUUGUUUUAUCAAUUUUUUAAGGAUUUGUAUAAGCAUCCCUUUAAUCAGGAUACACACGGGGUCCGUCACAUGUUUUAUUCUUUAUCUAGUGGUUAUGCUAUAGGGACUAUUGACUCCUUUCAUUACCAAACCAGUACAUUUAUUAACAUGCUGCAGAGAUGGAUCCUGAAGGGGAGGGAUCAGGCCAUGUUUAACUGUCAGUAUUUCAUAUUUAUUCACAUUGUAAGAAAGUAAGCAAAGGACAUCUCAUUCAGGCACAGUUGAUCGUCCCUGUCAAUCUUUUCAAAUUUUCCAAGAAGGUGGUUGACAUUGAGGUCAGUUUUUAAUGAGUAGAGAGGAGGUUGACUUGAAGGCAACCUCACCUCACACCAGGUAAAGUGUCGACAGAUGGGAAGGGAUCAAUGCUCUGUUAUGCUAUGGUUCAACUUGUUUGUCAUCCAUGUUGAGUUGCUCUUAACAGAUAAUGUUCUUGGUUGAGUGAAUAGAGCUCACUCUCUUUGUUCGAUGCCAGAGCUGGACCUACUUGGGUUGGCAAAGGUUUCAGUUUCUUUUAUCACAAACAUAAUGUCUAUGAUCUUCAGGAGGCAUAAUGUUUGUAAUGAGUUUCAUAAAACAGUGAUUAUUCUACAUGCAAUUGACAGAUAUUUUACUAUCUCGAUGGACACACCAUCCCAGUCUUGGAAGUUUUGAGAGAAACAAAAUGAACUAGCCAGGAUCGUUUCACAAGGCUAGCGGUCUGGUAUAGUUCAUAGCUCAUUGGUGUUCAAAUCCCUUUGACUGAAGUGACUUCAGUGCAAUCAUCAGAUUAAAUGUCAUUAGACUUAACUGAAGAUCUUGCAUGAAAUGCCUCCCAACAUUUUUGUCACUGUUUAUAUUUAUAAGAUAGCUAGUGCAUUCAAGACAAUCUGGAGGUUUAGGUAUGCCUGGGUACUGUGUACCCAGCCUGGGUUACUGUAUCCAGAUUGGGUUCUGUGUACAAACCAUGGGUUCUGUGUAUCCAGCCCGGGUUACUGUAACCAGCCAGGGUUAUGUGUACCAAGCCCGGGUUACUGUACCCAGCGUGGGUUACUUGUACCAGUCUGCAUACUGUGUACUCAAGCCUGGGUUAUAUGUACCCCGCCAUUCUGCUCCUUGGCUCAAUGGUUUUUCCUCCCUUAGGAAUAAAAGGUUGUGCUCCCAGAAUAUAAAAUGAAAGGAAUAUUGCAUUGUUCUGUGAUUGUAACUGAGAAGUAAUUUUAUGAUGGAGACCAACUAUCUACUGUAAAUGAUUAAGCGGGAAGUAUAUAUCAUUAAAUCGGGUUCAUCAAGUGCCUAAAAAAAUGUAUACAUUUUAAUAAAAAAAGUUUUAUAAUUUUAUAAACCAUCACAUGUUUGCUUUGAGCAAAUCUGUAUUUUAAUUUAAAAUAUAUGCAGACAUUUAUCCUUUUGGAUUUGUUGAGUAUACUACUAUUGUCACUUAGCUUUCUUCAGUUCCCUCACAUGUACCUUAUGAUCGUUCAAAGUGUUUAUCGUAGAGGAGUUGGAUGUACUGUAUACACUGUAAGGAAAUCAAAGCUGUAUUUUUUUUUGCCAAACAAAUAAAUACUUAUCAGUAGAAUC